AUGGAGCAGUUUAUUAAACGGUUGGGGUUGUUCCUAACCUUCUCCAUCGCGGCAUUCAUUGGCCUGUUCGCAGCGCCAGUAGUGUCAAGGUCAGCGCAUGGUAGAGUUACGGAGCUUAAUGGCAUACCGUAUUAUGUUGGUGAUGUUGCAGUAUCUCAGAUGCUGGAUCUGCCAGCCUCCAUCUUGAACGAGGUAGACCAAGGUGAUGUCGACGUAUUCCCAUUGACAAUCAUCUCGAGCAAGGCAUAUAUUUUCAAUGGCAUCGAGCUGAACAAAACGAUCUCCGACUUUGUGCGCGGAGAUGACGUUUUUAGUCCUGCAUUUCUCAAAGUGACCUACAUCUCCUACGAGGGGAAGAAACACAACCCUUCAAUUGAAAAACACUCAAUUCAUCUAGAAUUGGAAGGAAAGAAGGAUGCAAACAUUGUUGUCUCGCCAGAGUACUCUCACGGCGGAGGUGCAGCGACAGCGCGCCUCACAAAGAACCUCCCAAAGGGCCCCUACUUUGUGUCCACAAAGACUGGUAAAAUUUUCAAGGCUUAUCGUCUGUACGAAGAUAGCAAUUUGGCCUUCCUGGAACCCGCUAUCAGCGACGAAGAAGGUGGGUUUUUGCGCCUAAUGGCUACGUCGGGGAGUGUGCUUGGACACAGCGUAGCUGUGCCCUCGAGAUUAUACUUUACACCGACUCCUGAGAAACCUCUGGCUGGCCUGCGCCUCGGUGUCAAAGAUAUUUAUCACGUCAAGGGUAUUGCUACUAGUGGUGGGAACCGAGCGUACUACUCGCUUUACGGCACCCAAAAUGCAACUGGGAGUGCUAUUCAAAGACUCAUCGACCAAGGUGCUCUCUUUGUCGGAAAGAUGGGUACUGUUCAAUUUGCCAACGGAGACGAACCAACGGCUGACUGGGUUGACUUUCACUGCCCAUUCAAUGCCCGAGGAGACGGCUAUCUAGACCCCAGUGGCUCAUCAACCGGUCCGGGCGCCGGAAUGGGUGCAUAUGAGUGGCUGGAUAUUGCCGUUGGAAGCGACACAGGCGGCUCGAUGCGCGGACCAGCGGGCGCCAACGGUCUCUUCGGAAAUCGCCCAACUGUCGGAGCUAUUGGUCUGGAUCACGUUAUUCCUCUCUGCUCCGGACUUGACACUGCAGGCGUUUUUGCUCGCAGUGCAGAGCUAUGGUCUCGGGUCGCUCAUGCGUGGUACAAGGAUUUCAUCGCCUACCAUUCCUAUCCGAAGACUCUUUGGUACCCAGAGACAUCUUUCACACCGGAGGCAAUCAACAACAGCCAUGCGUCAGCCCUUAUCGAGAAGUUCGUGACCAACGUUGAGGAUUUCUUGGGAGUCACCCGCACCCGAGUGAACUUGGAUGCUGCUUGGAACGCGACUCGACCUGCAAAUGCCACCUCGACUUUGGAAGAUAUGCUUCACUAUACAUAUGGAACCCUCGUCACCGUCUACCAAUGGCUUAAUCUAGGCAAACCCUUCUUCGACGAUUACUCCGAAGAGCACGACGGCCGAACGCCUUAUAUUAACCCAAAUCCCCUGUUGCGAUGGCACUUGGGUCAACAGUCCGGAUCAUCUGGAUUUGACGUGGCCUGGCACAAUAAGACCCUUUUCCACGAUUGGUGGAACGCGGCUGAGGGAUUCGGAGCUCCCGAUAAUGAGACUUGCUCCAAGGCAAUCUACCUCUAUCCUAAUAGCUAUGGAUCGAUCAGAUACCGUGAUGAAUAUACUAGCGGCCCACUGGCCCCGUACUGGGGGAUGAGCGAUAGCAAUAUCGCCGUAUUUGCAGGAGUUCCGGAUCUGGUUGUUCCAAUUGGCGAGGUCCCAUACAACAGCACGAAGAGCGGAAAGACCGAGUAUACGCCAGUCACAGUGAGUUUGGUUGCGGCUCGCGGCUGUGAUCUUAUGGUUGCAAAUAUGGUCAAAGAGAUGGAGGCUCGUGGAAUCUUAAAGCCUGUUGCAACCGGGCCUAGACUGUAUCCGUGA